ACGUGGAGUUCAUACAUAUAUUAGAAAUCACAGCAUCACUCAAUCAUGUACGACUGGACGGGUAAGAAUGUGGUCUAUGCUGGGAGCUUCACUGGCAUUGGAUGGCAGAUGAUGAUGCAAUUGAUGCAGCACAAAAUCAAAAUGAUGGGCAUAAUGCAUCGCAUGGAGAAUAUGGAAAUGAUGAAGAAGCUUCAGGCCGAGAAUCCCAGCGUGAAGGUUGUCUUCAUGCAGAUGGAUCUCAUGAAUAAGGUAUCCAUCGAGCAGACAAUGAAGAAAAUGGGUCAGAUGAUGGGCCACAUUGAUGUCCUAAUUAAUGGCGAGGAUGUUCUUCUCGAUAAGGAUAUAGAAACCACAAUGGGCAUGAAUUUGACUGGCAUGAUGCAAAUGACAAUGAUGGCGAUGCCUUAUAUGGACAAAACCCAAAUGGGCAUGGGUGGCAUGGUGAUCAAUAUGUCCUCUGUCUAUGGACUGGAACCGGCUCCAACAUUCGCCGUCUAUGCUGCAGCCAAACAUGGUGUUCUUGGCUUCACACGCUCCAUGGGUGAUAAGCUUAUCUAUCAGAAAACUGGUGUCAUGUUCAUGGCCAUGUGUCCGGGUCUGACCAACACCGAAAUGAUGAUGAAUCUCAGAGAGAACGUAACCUGGCAUCAUUCCGAAUCAAUGGUCGAGGCCAUUGAGAGUGCCAAACGCCAAAUGCCUGAAGAGGCAGCCAUGCAAAUGAUUAAGGCCAUGGAAAUGAUGAAAAAUGGCAGCAUGUGGAUUGUCAAUAUGGGUCAAUUGAAGGAAGUGAUGCCCACGAUGCAUUGGCAGAUGUAGAAAACUAACUAAAUAAACUAAAAACUGAGAGCAUA